AUGGUCUACACCAUCGUUGUCCAUUUCUACAAUGCAGGCUCGACGGACCAAGUCACCGUAACGGAGAAUUCCACGGCCUAUGGGAAGUACCGGCUGCGUCCGCGGGUAUUGGUCGACGUCUCGAACACAGAUACUAGCACUACCGUGUUCGGACAAAAGAUCAACUUUCCGCUAUGUGUAGCGCCGGCGGGCAUCCAGGCAAUGGCACAUCCGGACGGUGAACUGGCGACAAGUCGCGCGUGUGCUCAACAACAGGUCCACAUGGGGGUUUCGUCGUUCGCUAAUUAUUCUGUGGAGGAGAUCCGGGCGGCUGGGCUUGACAUUGGACCGAUACAGCACACCAUGCAGAUAUAUACUAUGCAAGAUCGAGCACAUCAGGAGCGCAUUAUCAGACGUGCCGAAGCGGCGGGUUGCGUCGCGAUCUUCUUGACGGCGGACAGUCCGAUUCUUGGCGUCCGGUACAGUGAGCAUCGGAAUGAUUUCCGAGCUCCUGAAGGUCUCGACUUUCCCAUGCUGGAGAAGACGUCGGAAAUGAUUCGAGCUGAGCGACACGAAGAUGGGUUCACGGGAGUCAAUUCCAGCUCCCAUUCAUGGGCCCGAGAAAUUCCCUGGCUGAGAAGUGUGACAAAAAUGCAGAUCUGGAUCAAGGGGGUGCUCACGGCGGAAGACGUGGCGCUUGCCAUCCAGUACGGUUGUGAAGGAGUGGUUGUUAGUAAUCAUGGCGGCCGACAGCUGGAUGGCACCGCGGCCACGAUUGACGCCCUUCCGGAGUGUGCUAAAGCUGCGAAGGGUCAGAUUCGAGUACACAUCGAUGGGGGUAUCCGGAACGGAACGGAUAUCUUCAAAGCCCUGGCGCUUGGUGCCGAAUGCUGCUGGAUAGGGCGACCGAUCAUCUGGGGUCUUGCAUAUGACGGAGAGGCGGGGGCUCGUAAAGUGUUGGACAUUCUGUAUACGGAGUUCAAACGCUGCAUGCAGCUCACGGGCUGUCAAAGCAUAGCGGAUAUUUCUCCGGCUUCUUUGGGCGUGGUCAGGAGUGAUGGGCCAUUAGCCCGGUUGUGA